GGAUAAUCAUAUCUUACGGUAGGUUUAUCAUAUAAAACACUUCCUCUCCCGCCAUUUCCCACAAUACUUCUCUUAGUCCUGAAAGCCCUCAGUCUCUCCCAGAAGACUAUUUGACCGAAACCCGUCUAGACCAAGCUUGCAGGAAAUGGAUACAUCAAACCCAGCUGUUUUUGUCAACGGAGAACUGCUGCCGAUGUGGGUUGGUCGAAGGGUUAGAGCAGUUGUUCAAGUUUUGCGGACUGAAGGUGGUUCCUUCUUAGGGAAAAGUACGGACGAUCAUCAGCUAACUAUCAAGGGCCCUAUUCCACAACAUUUGACGACUUAUGUUGAGGUGAUUGGUAUCGCCGAAAGCAACCAGUCCAUUCGUGGGGAAAUUUUCACCAAUUUUGGUGAUAACUUCGACAUUGUCCCAUAUAAUCGACUGUGCCAACUUGCUAAUGGUGAACACAGGAGUUUGUUCAUAUAAAUUGGAGCUUGGAGGAUUAAUAGGUAAAUGUGGGUCUGAAUGGGACAUGAGAGAAUGUAUAUGAAUUAGUAGGUAAGUAAGAAUAGGAAGUUUAUGACUCUAUCCUCUCGUUUCUUGUAGUUGGGAUUUUUCUGGAUGGUUUUUAUUCAAGUCUUUAAUUGGUGGUACUGAUUAAUUUUGCUUGUAAGAACACAUUAAGAUAUUCCAUGACUCUCCUCUGGAUAUGAAGCCUCCCUAGUUUUGUCACUUUUUAUUUACUUU